AUGGUCAUUGAUAGCCAUGCUAGAAUCAACUUGGUUUAUAAUAGGUUCAUCAACUUUAUGUUUCGCCACCGUGCAAUGUACUCUCUCUUUCUCUCACUGAUUCUAUCUAGAGAGCAGUCUAUCGAUAAUCUUCAAGGCCAGCACUGCCACAUGUUUCAUGUUCUCGGUGUACAAUAUAUUACUUGGUCAUGUGACUUGCCUAUGCAAGAUUUAAUUAUUACUAGGUUUAAUAUGGUUGCUGCCAUGCGCAAGUCAGCAUUUACUGAUCUAGUUCCAUAUUCCGAGGAGAAGGGCUUAAAUGAUGUAUGUGAAUAA